UACAGAAACAUCAAAAGUCUCUCUCUCUGUGUUGCCUUGCGAAUUGCGAUCCUUAUUUUAUUUUCCCUCCCUCUCCUUUGCGCGCGAUUAUUUUCUCUUUCUCAUAAUAAAUUAUCAGUAAUGCCCCUCAAUUUUCACUUCAAAAUCAGCUAAACCCUUCAAUUUAUGCCUAAAACACACCAUCUUUUAACACUUAAUUUGAGUGUUCAUCUCGUAUUAUAUUAUCCCUUCAUAAUUAAAAUAACUCGCUGCUCAUCACCGCUCUCUUUCCCCCCCUCCAAUUAUUAUCUGCCGGUUGAGGUCGGUGAUAAAAUGAGCCGGCCGACCACUCGUAGCAAAAAUAAAAGAAAUAAACAAGGAGAUAAUGUUAAUAUAACUUCUGAAAUAUUAAGGAAAAUACAUGUAACGGGUGGUGAAGUAACAAAUGACGAUAUAAAUCAGUUGUACAUGAUAUGGAAGCCAGUUUGUCAAGGCUGUCGUGUAAAUACUAAAGAUAAUCCCAACUGUUUUUGCGGGCUGAUUCCACCGCCCAACGGGAGUCGUAAAUCUGGUUUAUGGCAGAAAUUAUCGGAGAUAGAGCAAGCUAUGGGUGAAGAUCCAUGCAAUAAUCUUCGUGCAUCUUCUGAUUCACCGGCUGGUCUCACGAAUCUCGGAGCAACAUGCUAUGCCAACAGCAUACUUCAGUAUCUAUAUAUGAAUACUUCUUUCCGAGAAGGCCUUUUCAGUGUUGAACCAGAACUACUGAAACAACAACCUGUCCUGGAUGAGCUUGCCCGGCUUUUUGCAAAGUUGCAUGCUGGGAAAAUGGCUUUUAUUGAUUCAGCUCCAUUUAUAAAGACACUGGAGUUAGACAAUGGAGUUCAACAGGAUAGCCAUGAGUUCUUGACCCUACUUCUUUCUUUGCUUGAGCGUUGUCUAAGCUAUUCAGAGGUUUCCAAGGUCAGAACAAUUGUUCAAGAUCUAUUCCGCGGAAGUGUGUCACAUGUAACAACAUGCUCAAAAUGUGGAAGAGAUUCUGAAGCAUCGUAUAAGAUGGAAGAUUUUUAUGAGCUGGAAUUGAAUGUAAAAGGGUUGAAAAACUUGGAUGAAAGUUUGGACGAUUACCUUAGUGUGGAAGAGCUUCAUGGCGAGAAUCAGUAUUUCUGUGAGAUAUGUAAAACGCGAGUUGAUGCCAAUCGCAGUAUUAAACUACAAACUCUGCCCGAUGUCCUUAAUUUUCAGCUUAAACGUUGUGUUUUCCUUCCAAAGACCACAACAAAGAAGAAAAUCACUUCUGCAUUUGGGUUCCCGGGAGUACUGGAUAUGCGGCAGAGACUGUCUGAACCUUCUCAGCUUGAUUGGGUAUAUGACUUGACCGCAGUGUUGAUUCACAAGGGAACUGCUGUUAACAGCGGCCAUUACACUGCUCAUAUUAGGGAUGAGCGUACUGGGCAAUGGUGGGAAUUUGAUGAUGAGCAUGUCUCAAACUUAGGUUGCCACCCUUUUGGAGAAGUCUCUUCAAGUUCUUCAUCUAAAGUUGUUCAUAGCGAGCCACCAGCUUCCAAAGAAGAAGUGCAUACCGUUUCCAAUGGAAAUCAUAUCGAUGGUGCUCAGCCAAAGUCUUUGAAAUCCAGCACUGACAGCCAUGAGAUGUUUUCAUCAAAUGAUGCGUACAUGUUGAUGUAUACUCUUAGGCGAACUAAGAAGGUAGCUGAUAAAUAUGGUUCCAACAAAAUGUUAUCAGAAGAUUGGGAGACUUCUUUACACAACAGUUCUCUUCCAUCUCACCUCUUAGAAGAUGUAAAGGCUUUGAAUGCCUCUUACCUUGAUGCUUGCCAACAGUACAAGAUAAAGAAGGAGAAUGAGGUGAAUCUUAUUACUGAACGAAGACAAGAAGUGCGAACAAUUCUUUCUGAAGCUCCUGUCCAGUCACUUGAAAUAUCAUUUUGUUGGGUUUCCACAGACUGGCUUCGCCAGUGGGCCGACAACAUUACAUCACCUAUGUUGGAUAACACUCCUAUCCAAUGCUCACAUGGAAAAGUCCCCGUAUCAAAAGUAAGUUCCUUGAAGCGGUUGUCUGCUGAAUCUUGGGCCAAAUUGCUCUCUAAGUAUGGUGGAGGGCCGAUGCUGACUAACAACGACUGCUGCAUGGCCUGCCUUCAAGAUGGUGCACAAUCAGUGGUCUGUGCUGAUAGCUAUAGGGAUCGAAGGACAUUAAUGAGAGAUCUUGUGAAUGAUGUAUUGAUAGGGAAGGACCUAGAUGGAAAAUACUAUGUAUCUAAAACAUGGUUGCAGCAGUGGGUGCGAAGAAAAAAUCUUGAUGCUCCAAAUGAAGCUGAUGCAGGACCCACAGUUUCAAUCAGGUGUCCUCAUGGGAAACUGAUGCCUGAGCAAGCACCUGGUGCCAAGCGAGUGCUUGUUCCUGAGAAGCUAUGGCUUUUCUUCUACGAGGAUGCCAUUGCAGUGAAACCUGAUGAUUCCUCGGGUUGCAUAACUUUUCCUUCAGAUUCUCAGCAGUGCUCCCAGUGUUGUGAUGAAAUUUCUGAAGAAGCAUGCUUGGAGGACUCCCUAAGAGUGGUGAAGAUAAAACAGCGCCAGAAUCAUGAGAAAUUGUCAAUGGGCAAAAGUAUUCCUUUAUCUUUGCAUUGCAAGUAUUACUUGGUGUCCUCGUCAUGGCUCACAAGAUGGAGAAACUAUGUAACUGCAGUGAGCAAGAAUACUUCUUCAUCAGUGGAACCUGAGACUCUUGAUAUAGUCAUGAAUUCACUGAAAUGUGAAAAGCAUUUGCGACUCCUAGAAAGGGCUCCUGAUCUGAUCUCCAAACGUGGCAUGCUUUUCCAGAAGGGUUCUACUACUGAUGGGUUAACAAUCAUUACGGACGAUGACUGGAACAACUUCUGUGAAGAGUGGGGUGGUAAUAAGGAGGAGGGCAUAUCUGCAGUAAUUGAACCAAGUAAUGUGGUGGAAAAUAGAAUGUCUCUCUCCUCCGAAGUGACAGCAGCGACUGAGGGGCAGUUGAAUAGUCCAGAUGAUGUAAAUGACAAGACUGACAGCAGACUGCCUGUUAUUAGGACAUGUCCGGAGAUUUGUGAGGACUGCAUAGGUGAAAAAGAAAGUUGUAAGUUGAUGCAGAAACUUAACUACUCCAAUGAGGAUAUACAUGUAACACUUAUACGUGGUAAGGAAGCUCCAAGGUCAAUUCUAGAAGCUUCUAAGAUCACUUCAGAGCCUGAUCGACGGGCUUCCAAGCGUUCUCGAAAGACUAGCUAUGGGAAUUCCGUACAUUUAAAAGUUUCUGGCUUUACAUCAAUAUACCAAUUGAAAAUGAUGAUAUGGGAAUCAUUUGGGGUGGUUAAAGAGAACCAGAUACUUCACAAAGGAGAAAUGAUACUUGACAAGGAUGAUGCUACUCUUGCAGACUUCAAUGUAUUCCCUGGUGAUAAGUUGUGGGUUCAAGAUUCUGAAAUUCAUGAGCAUAGAGAUAUUGCUGAUGAGCUUGCUGGUGAGAAAAUGAAUGCUCAGCAUGCUGAGGAAGGAUUUCGGGGGACACUGUUAACUGCAAGUAUUUCGUCCCAACCUGUUCAAGAUGUAUGCUCUAAAAUGUGAUCAUAUUGCAUAUCCACAGUUUUGUACAUGUUAAUUUUGGGAGAGAACAGUCCAAACACUAGACCUGCUUAUAGUUAUCAGAGAACCGACGGUUGGGUGUUGGUGAUUUUGGCUUCUGCAUUUUGGAAGGCUGGUCUGUUACUAAAUGUAUAGCUCGAAAUAUUUUGUAAUGUUUGUACAUACAAGAUAUAAUACGUAAUCUUGUACUAGUCUCCCAACAUUUGGGGAAUGUGAUGAAUGUGUUGUAGUAGCAGAAAGGUCCCAGGAUGCUGUAUUUUAGGCGGUUUAUCAUUUUAGUGGUGUUGCGGGGUCCGUAUGAUAAUCUGUUUGGGUAGUGUUUUGAAAACCAGAUUGGACUGGCUGGUUUGGACCAGGAAGAGAGAAUAACUUGAUAUUC